AUUUUUCGUUGCCAUGGAGAUUUUUAUCUCUUUGUUUGAGUAUCACAUUUUUUUUUUGAUAGAGUUGAGGUUUUUUUAGUGAUUGAUUGGGGGUGUGGUUGAGAGGAGGAGUGAUUGAUUCGUAUUGUUUCCAUGGGAAUUGGAGGAUUAAUUUUAAAAAAAUGUUCAUUUAUGAAUUCAAAGAAAAGAUUAUUGAAUUCCUGAUAAAAAUCAAUAAUAAAAGUGGGUGGAGUUUUAUGGAAUUAGGAGCAGGGUUGAGUUUUUAUUAAGAGGGGAAAAAAAUAAUUAUUUAGGACACAAGUACUACGCAUUUUAUUGCAUAAGAAAAGACCAGUUAUUCUAAUUAAUUGGAGCAAGUGUGCGUGAUAUGAAUGUUUUUAUUUCAUUUCCAUGGUUGCAUAAUUAUGUUGCUAUGACAUUUUUUUUAUUGGCAGGAAUUAUUAUGGAAACAAUUGAUAUUUUUUUUGAUUUAGGAAAAAAUAAAUAAUCCAUGGAAACUGAAAAUUUAUAUAAAAGUUUUGUAAAAAAAAAUUUGAGGCGAAUUUGAGACGAUGAAUAUUUCCUUGACAACUCGACUCAGCUCGACUCACGCAAUGGUAAUUUCACAGUUCACACAGUCUCAAGAGUAAAGUCUCAUUCUACCUCCGCUCCUCAUCUCAACAACACGUUCGUCGUUAUGGUGAUUUCAUAGCGUUGUUUUAUUUCAUAAAACUUAACCCAAAAUGACGCCCCAAAAAUUACUACAAAUUCCAACGAAACAGGAAAAAAAGUGUUUGGUUUUAUUAAGGAAAUUUAUAUCAGAAUCCCCAUCACUACGACAACUACAAACAGGGAUAAGUUGGGAAUUUUCUGAUGAUUUUUUAUUACGUUACAUUCGUAGCCGUGGUUACAAUAUUAAUUCCGCUUUCGAAAGGCUCCACGUUCACAUGACGACGCGGAUAAUUUUAUAUCCAGAAUUAUUUUCUCGUCUGUAUCCCUCAGCGGUUUAUCACAUGUUAAAAUCUCGUUGUGCUCGGGUUUUGAAAUUUCGUGAUUUCAAAAACAGACGAAUUUUACUAUUUCGAAUUUCUGAAUGGAAUCCGGAAAUUGUGACCGUUGACGAUUUGUUAAUUGGAUUAAUGCUGAUUGGAUGGGAAAUUUUGGGUGACAUGGAAACGCAAAUUAAUGGAGUCGUCGUGUUAGUCGAUGGGUGUGGGUUUGGGUUCAAACAUGCGAAAUUUGUGAGCCCCACCGUGGUCAAAAAGUGGGUCGAGGUUGUCCUGAAAUCGACGCCAUUUAAAUGUAAAAAAGUUCACAUUAUAAACGCCCCCACGAUUUUUAACAUGACUUUGUCAAUCGUUAAAAUGAUGUUGCCAACGAAACUGGGAAGGAGGAUCCAUUUCCAUGGACACACCCCCUCGACCACUCUUCAUAAAUAUCUCCCCCCACAAAUCCUACCUGAAUUUUUAGGAGGGGAAUUAAGUGAACAAGUUGCCAUGGAUAAUAUUUUACAUGACGAAUUAUUUACCAAAGCUAAAAAUGAUUAUUAUAAAAUGUUUUUGAAAUAAAAUUAUUGAGAUUUUUUUUAAAGAA